AUGGACUCCGUCUUGUUCAUGAUUCUCCUGUUCCCACUCCUCAUCCCCACUAGUGCAAAAUCUGAAACCUUCUCAACUCGCUUAUCACCAUUGGAGCUCGGCCUCAAGACAGAGAAGUUAACCCACCUGCACUUCUACUUUCACGACACAGUCACCGGUCCAAACCCUACUGCCGUCCGAGUUGCAGAGGCCGCAGUGACCAACAAAUCCUCAACCCGUUUCGGCUUAGUUAUGGUGAUCGACGACCCUUUGACCGUCUCCCCUGAAGUCAACUCUACCGUCGUCGGAAGAGCACAGGGGAUUUAUGUCGGCGCGUCGCAGAGCGAGAUUGCGUAUUCGAUGGUAAUAAAUUUUGCGUUCACGGAAGGGAAGUAUAAAGGCAGCAAUCUCAGUCUUUUGGGUCGGAAUGCGAUCCGUUCCGGCGUGAGAGAGAUGCCGAUCGUCGGAGGAAGUGGGGUUUUCCGAUUCGCCAGAGGUUAUGCUCAGGCGAAGACUUAUACUUCCGAUCUAAAAACACGGAACUCCAUUGUUGAGUACAAUGUUUAUGUUUUUCAUUACUGA